AUGACUUUCGGCGAAGGGCUUUCAAACCUUCUCAGCUCUGAGACUCUGCAAUGGAUAGCUUUUACAGCAAAAGGAGGCCAAGGGAAAACAACUUGUGCCUGUGCGACAGGUAUUCAGGCCGCGUUACGGAGGCCGAACCAACGCGUUCUCGUGAUAUCCACAGACCCGGCCCAUAACGUGAGUGAUGCGUUCGGACAAAGGUUCGCUCGAGAUCCGCUUCCAGUACGAGGUUAUCCCAACCUCUACGCUAUGGAAAUCGACCCAGAGCGCGACUUCGCGGAGACGGAUCUCGGACGCGCCCUGCUGGGAAACGGCUUUGGCGGCGUUGCGGCCGAUGGCGAGGAAGGCGCGCGUGCGGCGCUCCCCGGCGUCGAGGAUGACCCGUUCGGUCUGAGCAGCCUGGUCUCGGAACUGAUCUCCUCGGUGCCUGGCAUAGAUGAAGCGUUAUCAUUUGGGCAGAUGAUGAAGUCUGUGCAGGAAAUGACGUUCGAUUUGAUCAUAUUCGACAUGGCACCGACGGGGCAUGCCCUAAAGCUCCUCUCUUUUCCCGCCGUAUUAGAAAAGGGCUUGAGUCGCCUGUUGGAUCUGCGCUCUCGCCUUGCGCCAAUGCUCAACAUGGCGUCGUCGAUGUUACGCAUGAGCGGCACGCCGGACAUGGGCGCCACAGCUAAUGCAUUCGACGAGGAGAUCGUGGGCAAAAUCGAGGAGUUGCUCAGCAUUGUCCGCAGAGUGGAUGCGCAGUUUCGGGAUCCCUCAAAGACGGCCUUCGUUUGUGUGUGUAUGCCCGAGUUCCUGUCACUGUAUGAGACAGAUCGGCUUUUGCGGGAGUUGCGGCGAAUGCGAAUGACAUGCUCAAACCUAGUGAUCAACCAGGUGUUGUGGGUCGCGGAUCUGCCGAGCCAUGUGCCGCAAAUGCCGCCAAAGUACUUGCCUGUGUGUCUGCCGCAAGAGCCCUGUGGUUGGAGCGCUCUGACCCUCUUCCAAUCCCGAGUUGAGAUCCAGUCCAAGUAUUUGCAGCAGAUCGAAGAUUUGUACGCGGAGGAUUUUCACAUAACUAGGGUGCCGAUGCUGCGGAAUGAGGUGCGCGGUGUCGACGAUCUUCGCGCUUUUGGCAAACGACUGCUCGUAGAUAGUGGCAUUCGGCCGCUGGAACCGGCACAAAACUCGCCGUUUGAACCCACGCUGCGCAACGUCCUUGAGGCACGCAGCCUCGAGCUCAUUAUUGCCAGCGGCAAGGGCAAUGUCGGGAAAACCACAACGACUUCAGCGCUUGCAAUUCAGUUGGCAGAGGAUACUCGACGUCAGCGGAGGGUGCUUUUGGUAUCUACCGAUCCCGCACAUAGUCUGAGUGACGCGUUUGGCCAAAACUUUACCGUGUCGCUUUCGAACACCCAGUCUCUGAGCGUCAACGAUAUCGACGAGGUGAUGCGCCCAGUGCGCGUUCAUGGCAUUGGAGGCCCUGGCAUCCUAGAUGUCUUGGAAGUCGAUACUGCGCAUUUCCUGCAGGAUAUUGGGAACGCUGUGCAAGAUACGAAUCUUAGUGAUUUGGCUGCCGGUGCCACGAACGCAAACGAUCCCCGAACUGCGCUGGCCGCCAUGAUGCUUGGGGCGUCACCGUCCGACAUUAUUCGUGACCUGCUCCAGGCUGUUCCAGGCCUGGAUGAUGCGAUUGCAUUCACCCGCCUUAUGCAGCGCAUUCAGGGACUCGACUACGAUGUCAUCGUACUGGACACGGCACCGACAGGGCACACGCUGCGUUUGCUCUCCUUCCCUGCCCUGCUGCAGAAAGGCCUCCAAAAACUAGAAGAAAUGCGCCAGAGAUUCGCGGGUGCGCUCUCGAUGGCCUCGAGUCUCGCGGAGAGCUCCGGCCUCGGCGUGGGCGGUGGUCGAAGACCCGACGAGGAGAUCGCCGAGCGACUGUCAAACAUGCAAGAAACCAUUCUGCGCGUUGUGAAGCAGUUCCAGGACCCCGAGCGAACCACUUUUAUAUGUGUCUGCAUCGCUGAGUUUCUCUCUGUCUACGAGACCGAGCGCUUGAUUCAGGACCUGGCAGAGCACGACAUCGACGCGCACAACAUCGUCGUGAACCAGCUCUUUCCUCCGAGCGCCACUGAAGCCGAACGCAUCGAUAUGGUAUGCGCGCGAAUUGGCAUGCAGCAAAAGUAUCUGCGAGAGAUCGACGAACUCUACGCGCGAGAUAUGCGGCUCGUCGUGCUGCCGCUGGAGCCUCAAGAGGUGCGCGGCGCAGAGGCGUUGCGUCGCUUUGGCCAACGUCUCGCCAGUUAA